AAGAUCAAAAUAAGCAACUACAACCAACAAACCACUUCUAACAAAACUCCUCUCAAUUUGCUCUUCCAUCAAUAAGCCAAUCUAUCUCUCCCUCUCAUUCAGUUUAGCAGAGAGAUCAAUCAAUGGCUUCUUCUACCCUUACUUCCAAGUCCUUCCUCGAUUCCUCAAGAAUCGAUACCGCUUCGCUCUCGUCCGCCCACCUCCGUAAACUCUCAUUCUCCUCCGUUCAGAUCUCCUCCCGCUCACGUCUUCCAAAGAAACUCCAAAUAAAUGCGGCGGGGAGCACAUUUGGGAAUAAUUUUAGAGUAACAACAUUUGGUGAGUCACACGGUGGUGGUGUUGGUUGUAUAAUCGACGGAUGUCCUCCGCGCAUCCCGCUCUCCGAAUCUGACAUGCAAUUUGAUCUAGACAGAAGGAGGCCUGGUCAGAGCCGAAUUACGACUCCAAGAAAAGAGACGGAUACCUGCAAAAUAUCUUCCGGUGUUUCUGAAGGACAGACUACUGGGACGCCUAUUCAUGUAUUUGUGCCAAAUACUGAUCAGAGAGGAUUUGAUUACAAUGAAAUGUCUGUUGCUUACAGGCCUUCACAUGCAGAUGCGACUUAUGACAUGAAGUAUGGUGUUAGAUCAGUUCAGGGUGGGGGUAGAUCUUCAGCAAGAGAAACAAUUGGAAGAGUUGCCGCUGGAGCUGUUGCAAAGAAAAUUCUUAAGCUAUAUGCAGGAACUGAGAUUCUUGCUUAUGUCUCUCAAGUCCACAAGGUUGUACUUCCUGAAGGAGUGGUUAAUCAUGACUCUCUUUCACUUGAUCAGAUAGAGAGCAAUAUUGUCAGAUGUCCAGAUCCUGAAUAUGCAGAGAAGAUGAUAGCCGCCAUUGAUGCUGUCCGAGUGAAAGGGGAUUCUGUUGGUGGUGUGGUCACGUGUAUUGUAAGGAAUGCACCACGUGGGCUUGGUUCACCAGUCUUUGACAAACUUGAAGCUGAGCUUGCUAAAGCUGCUAUGUCACUACCUGCAACGAAGGGCUUUGAAUUUGGGAGUGGAUUUUCAGGUACUUUCUUGAGUGGGAGCGAACAUAAUGAUGAGUUCUACACAGAUGAACAUGGAAGAAUACGAACAAGAACAAAUCGAUCUGGUGGAAUACAGGGAGGAAUAUCAAACGGUGAAAUUAUAAACUUGAGAAUAGCUUUCAAGCCAACAUCUACUAUAGGAAGGAAGCAACAUACAGUUACUAGAGAUAAAAAGGAGAUAGAACUAAUAGCUCGUGGUCGCCAUGAUCCCUGUGUUGUCCCACGAGCGGUGCCAAUGGUGGAAGCUAUGGUAGCCUUGGUGCUGAUGGACCAGUUGAUGGCACAAUUCUCACAAAGUUAUCUGUUUCCCAUCAAUCCAGACCUACAAGAACCCUUGACAAUGCCAAGACUUGAGGCAGCCAACGCAUCUGUAUGAAAGGUGACAGUUGCUGUAACAUAUUUUUCAGUUCUUUAUUAGUGCUACCAAGGUUCGCAACAAAGUUUCCUUGCUAAGACGUGUGGAAUUACAAGUUAAAUUUUGCUUUUCUUGUUUACUUGAGUAUGUUGUUGUAAUAUCUAAAAUUGCUUACGCUUCUUCUCAACAUCUGUCUCUCAUGGCAAAACUUGAGCAGAUAUCCGCUAUUAUAUAAUAUUUAUCAAUAAAGAAAUCUGUAUAAUCAAAGAAA